GGUGUGGAUGGCUUCUAUCUGCCGGGAUUAGCUCCGGUGAACUUCUGCGAAGACGACAAACCGACCGAAACGUGUAAGUCUUCGGUGAAACUCUUCGUGAAUCGGUUGGACAGCGAAGAGUCGGUGAUUCCGUACGAGUACUCGCACUUCGACUUCUGUCAGCCGCCGGACGUGUCGGACAGUCCGGUCGAGAACUUGGGUCAAGUGGUGUUCGGCGAACGGAUCCGUCCCUCGCCUUACAAUAUAUCGUUCUUACGUCAGGAGGAAUGCAAACCUCUGUGCCAUAAGUCCUACGAUUUGGGCUCCAAGAAGGACGUGGAUCUGCUCAACGGACUCAUGAAAGGCAUGCUUAAGAACUAUCAGCACCACUGGAUUGUGGACAAUAUGCCGGUCACGUGGUGUUACCCCGUGGAGGGCGAACAGCAGUACUGUUCGGUCGGCUUUCCCGUCGGGUGUUAUGUGGACAGUCAGGGGACGGCCAAAGACGCGUGCGUUAUGAACGUGUUGUACAACAAAGCGGACACUUUCUAUGUGUUCAAUCACGUGGACAUUACCAUCACUUACCGCAGCGGUGAGAACGAGGCCUGGGGUGUGGGCUUUGGCGAUAAGGGCGGCCGUAUUAUAGCCGUCAAAGUAGUGCCCAGAAGUAUCAAACACACGAAAAUGCCGUCUCUAAAGGCCUCGGAAUGCGGACCCAAUUCACCGCCGAUGGAGAUAUCGGGCAAACUGUCGAAAACGGACAAAAUGGAUGUGUAUUACUCGUAUUCAAUAUACUUCACGCGCGACUAUACCGUGAAGUGGUCGUCGCGUUGGGACUACAUCUUGGAGUCGAUGCCGCACACGAACAUCCAGUGGUUCUCUAUACUCAACUCACUGGUCAUUGUCCUCUUCCUCACAGGAAUGGUGGCAAUGAUUUUGUUGCGAACGCUUCACAAAGACAUCGCCCGAUACAACCAAAUGGACAGCGAAGACGACGCGCAGGAAGAGUUUGGCUGGAAGUUAGUCCACGGAGACGUCUUCAGACCACCGCAUCGAUCGAUGCUUCUGUCGGUGUUCAUCGGGAGUGGAGUGCAAGUGCUUUGCAUGACUGUCAUCACACUGUUCUUCGCGUGUCUGGGAUUCCUAUCGCCGGCCAAUCGCGGGGCACUCAUGACGUGCGCUCUCGUGCUGUUCACGUGUUUGGGAACCCCUGCCGGCUAUGUGUCGGCGCGGAUAUACAAAGCGUUUGGCGGCUAUAAGUGGAAACUGAAUGUCCUCAUGACGUCACUCUUCUGCCCGGGAAUCGUAUUCUCGCUGUUCUUCGUAAUGAAUCUGUUGUUGUGGGCGAAGGGGAGUUCGGCCGCCAUUCCCUUCACAACUCUGAUCGCAUUACUGGCGCUUUGGUUUGGAGUCUCACUUCCCCUCACUUUCGUCGGCGCCUACUUUGGCUUCAAGAAGCGAACGAUUGAACACCCGGUGCGCACCAAUCAGAUCCCACGACAAAUACCCGACCAAUCGGUUUACACGCAACCCAUGCCUGGGAUCAUAAUGGGAGGCAUUUUGCCCUUUGGAUGUAUUUUCAUUCAGCAUAAGAAGUGGCGAUCAUAUCUGACGAGUGGUUUCACGUCAUUCUAUCUGUUCGUGUAUUGUAUUCACUACUUUAUGACGAAACUGACGAUCACUGGGACGGUAUCGACGCUCCUAUACUUCGGUUAUACGCUAAUAAUGGUGUUCCUCUUCUUUCUACUGACCGGAACCGUUGGCUUCUUUGCCUGCUUUUGGUUCGUCAGAAAGAUCAUGUCACAACAGUUUCAACUAACUCUGUUCACUACUGUUGUUCACUAG